CGCACAUGCGCAGCGAUAGCCCUGCAAUGGCGGCCCCCGAGGCGGCUGUGAGGCGGCGCAGGGUUGCGGAUGGGAGCCUCGGGCCUGGGUCUGCGCCCGCGCCGGCGCCCGAGCCCGCAGGCGGCCCGGCCCGUCUCCGAGAGGGCACCUUCUGGUUGACCAGGAUCGUGCUCCUGCGGGCGUUGGCCUUCGUUUACUUUGUGGCGUUCCUGGUGGCUUUCCAUCAGAACAAGCAGCUGAUUGGGGACCACGGGCUGCUGCCCUGCAGGCUGUACCUGAGGAGCAUCCAACGGCACUUCCAGGGCAGGCUCGGCUGGGACGCCUGGAGCUACGCGCCCACCAUCUUCUGGCUGCUGGACUGGUCAGAUGUGAACACCCGGCUGGAUGCUGUGGCCGUUCUCGGGCUGGGCAUCUCGUCCUUCGUCCUGAUAGCUGGCUGUGCCAACAUGCUUCUCAUGGCUACUCUCUGGGUCCUCUACCUGUCUUUGGUCAACGUGGGGCAGGUCUGGUACUCGUUCGGGUGGGAAUCCCAACUGCUAGAAACAGGAUUCCUGGGGAUUUUCUUGUGCCCUCUCUGGACGCUGGCCCGACUGCCUGAGUCCACCCCCACAUCCCGCAUCGUCCUCUGGGGCUUCCGGUGGCUCAUUUUCAGGAUCAUGCUUGGAGCGGGGCUGAUCAAGAUCCGUGGGGACCAGUGCUGGCAUGACCUCAGCUGCAUGGACUUCCACUAUGAGACCCAGCCGGUGCCCAACCCCCUGGCCUACUUCCUGCACCGCUCACCCUGGUGGUUCCACCGCUUUGAGGUGCUCAGCAACCACUUCGUGGAGCUCCUGGUCCCCUUCUUCAUCUUCCUGGGGCGCCGCAUGUGCCUCCUGCACGGGGUCCUGCAGGUUCUCUUCCAGGUGGCCCUCAUCUGCAGUGGGAACCUAAGCUUCCUCAACUGGCUGACCAUCGUGCCCAGCCUGGCCUGCUUCGAUGAUGCUGUGCUCGCAGCCCUGUGGCCCUCGGCGCCGGGGGGCCUGCGGGACCAAGUCCUGAAGCUGCAGCAGCAGGAAGCCCUCGGGGCCCAGCCGCCCGCCUAUGGCCGCCGGCUGCGGAAGGCAGUCAACGUGGCGCUGGGCAUGCUCCUGGCCUGGCUCAGCAUUCCCGUGAUCCUCAACUUGCUCAGCUCCAGGCAGGUCAUGAACACAUCCUUCAACCCCCUCCGCAUCGUCAACACCUACGGAGCCUUCGGCAGUAUCACCAAGGAACGCACGGAGGUAGUCCUGCAGGGCACUGCGCACCCCAACGCCAGUGCCCCUGACGCACACUGGGAGGAAUUUGAAUUCAAAUGCAAGCCAGGGGAGCCCCGGCGCCGGCCCUGUCUCAUCUCCCCAUACCACUACCGCCUCGACUGGCUCAUGUGGUUCGCAGCCUUCCAGACCUACGAACAGAAUGAGUGGAUCCUGCAUCUGGUGGGCAAGCUGCUGGCUGGCGACACCGAGGCCCUGACCCUGCUCGCGCACAACCCCUUCACGGGCAGGGAGGCCCCCAGGUGGGUGCGUGGCGAGCACUACCGGUACCGCUUUAGCCGCCCGGGAGGUCGGCACGCCGCAGAGGGCGCAUGGUGGGUGCGCAAGAGGAUUGGGGCCUACUUCCCACCACUACGCCUGGAGGACCUCAGGGGCUACUUCAGGGCCCGUGAGUGGCCGUUCCCAGAGCCAGUACGCCCGCACGCGUGACAACGGGCAUCGAGUGGACACUGUCAGCUGAG